CAAUAAAAGUCCUUACCUUUGGACACUGAGUUAUCUGAACUUCAGUUGUCUUUGAAGCUUCACUUCAGACAGAGAUGUCUUCUUCCGCAUCUCUUGACUUGUCACAAGGAGACGCGGUUGUCAACUCUCCUUUCGAGCGGAAGUCGCGAUCAGUAGUGUGGAAGUUUUUCUCCCGCGAUGCGGCGAAAAAUAAGGCCACUUGCAAUCUCUGCAAAAUAGUGUAUUCGUAUAAUGGCUGCUCGACGACUGCCCUGAAGCGACAUCUGGACACGAAGCACCCGUCCGAAGUGAAGCCCGUCGAGAGCAGCAGUAACAACUCCGGCGAAAGUUCAAAGCAGCUGAGCUUAGAUUCGUUCGCCUCCCUCAAGCCAACGUCCAAGCCCUGCUCCGUCGUUCGUUCUCGAGAAAUAACUCGUGUGCUGUCACGUUGGCCUUGGCUCGAUGGUCGACCGAUCAGUCUCGUCAAAGACAAAGCUUUACAGGAAUUGCUUCAGCUCUUGGAGCCAGGCUACGUGAUUCCAUCCACGACACACGUAGCAUCGUUGCUGCGCAAGCAGCACGAUGAUGGCGAGCAGGAAGUAAAACGGUUAGUCGCCAGGGCAGACUAUGUUGCGUUAACGACGGACAUUUGGACGUCCAAGGCCACUCAAGCGUAUGCGACGACAACAGCUCACUUUGUUGAUGAGAAUUGGAAACUUGUGUCUGCCGUCCUGGAAACUGUCCACUUUCCCGAAUCCCACACUGGCAUCAACAUCAGCCAGCAGCUCAAGGGUGCUGUGGCGCGAUUUGCUAUACCAACUUCGAAAGUGGUAGCGGUUGUGCACGAUGAAGCAGCGAACGUUGAGCUGGCAGGCAGAAUUCUCUGGGGAGACUUGGAAUGGGCAAGUCUUGUAUGUGCUGCACACCGCCUCCAGAAUGCCAUCAAGGAUGCUCUGGACAAGAAGCAGCUCUGCAACCUACUUGCACGCUGUCGCCGUUUGGUGGGCCACAUGAAACAUUCAGCACUGAAGACCACGCAGCUGGCUGAGAAGCAGGCACUGCUGGGCAUAGUACCGGCAAAGAAGGUAAUCCAGGACUGCCCCACCAGGUGGAAUAGCUCUUACCGUAUGUUGGCAAGACUAGUCGAGCUUCAGUCGCCCCUCCAACUGCUGCUUGCAGACAUGACGGACAAGGAAAGAAAGACGCUGGAACUGCCAUCCACCUGCUGGGAGACAGCCAAGCAGCUGCUGUCUAUCCUACGCAAGGUUGAUUCCGUGACGACGCAUCUGGGAGGGGAGAAGUACUCCACAUUGUCGUGGUAUCUUCCCCUUCUGACCGGCCUGAAGGCGGCCUGCAUCAAUGAUGACGACAGUGACGAUGAUGAAGGCGAUGAUGAGCUGCUAGCCGUGUCGUCGUUGAAGAAGCGCCUCCAUGACCGCAUUGAGCACCGUUUCAAUCUCAACGGUCUCCAUUCGGACAGCUUGUACGUAUUGGCAGCAGUCUUGGAUCCGCGCUUCAGGGACCUGAAGUAUUCACCACAGCAGCGUGACAGUAUUGAGGAGACACUCGUCCACGAGGCCACCAUAGCUGGUAGCAGCGAGGUCGAGCCGCCCACCAAGCGCAAGCCAGCCCACUCUGCUCUCGACGAUCUCCUUGGCUGUGAGGAUGACACGAAUGCUGAUUCUGUGAUAGCGGAAGUCACUGCGUACUUGAACGAGAAACCGGCAAAGCGUAGCAUCGACCCACUCGAGUGGUGGGCAGUACACACCACCAGGUUUCCUCGGCUUGCACUUCUGGCGAAGAAGUACCUAUGCGUUCCCGCUACGUCCGUGCCGUCUGAACGGGUCUUUUCGUUUGCGGGCAUUGUUGUGGACCGACGGAGGUGCCAGCUUUCACAUAAGAUGAUUGAUGCCCUCAUCUUCUUACAUAUGAAUGCUAGUCUCUUGAAGCUGGUAGACUCCGUCGAGCUACGUUCUACGCCAGCUCCCAAGCCUCUAUUCGAUCCUGCAGAGGAAUAUGACAUGCCAGCACUGCCAGACCUGCCUUCAGAAGCUGUUUCUCUUGACUGA